UGAUUAUCAUAAUAUUUAUAUACAUGAAUGACGUAUUUAAUUGAUGUACAGCAUAUUUAUUAAUUUUUAACAUAGUACCUAAUUAUUAUUUAUUUACAAAUCGUAAGUGUCGUCAAUUCGUCAUUUGAAUACAUAUUUUAUUCAUUCCAAUUUCCUCUGCCAUUGUUAUCGUUUAGGAAAUUAAACUUGCGUUCCGUUUGAGGUAGUACAUUUUUAUACAAUUCAUUAAAUUGUAUGUGAAUUGAAGUUAAUAUAAUUGGACACUACUGAAUUUUGAACCUAAUAACACAUUUGGUCGAUUCAAAUGAAUCAAAAACAGUUGCUCUAAUGUACAUUUUAAAUCUGCUAUUACCAAUGAUGAUUACUAAAUCAAUAAAUUAGUGGGAUUACAUAAUAUAAAUUACAUAAAUUAUAAAGAAAAAACCGAUCAUUUUACUAAAAUGUCUCUUUACACAGAUAUGUCUGCUGCAUUAUCUAUUUUGACCGAAAUAAAAUCCUUGGUCAAUGAAUCAGGUGAUGAUAAAUUAAAAGCAAAUACUAAUAACGAUCUUCAACUCCUGAUAUCAGUUUUUCAAAACCCGAUUAUAAAAACUAUUGCAUCUGUUCAGGAUUCUGUAUCUGAAUUGAGUUGUCAACUUCAAGAACAUCCGUCAUUAUUACCAGUUGAUUUUGAUAUAUCACCUGUUACUGGUCAAUUAGUAUUGAGUUUGCCAUCAGAGUCUACUCUUUAUAAUAGUGUACCAGAAGAUUUAGAUCAAAGAGUUCCUAAACUUUCAAAUAGUUCAUCUACAGAAAGUUCUUCUCCUUCAUCAAAGGAGAGUAAAUCAUUAAUAAAAGAUAUAUCCACUACUUUACCACCAAUAACAACACCAUCGUAUGCAGUUGAAUUUCAAAAAGCAGUAGAAGAAGCAUCUAGAGGACGUAAAAUACAUAAUGUUCAACUAUUCAAGCCAGAAGGCUGCAGUUUGGGUUUUAGUGUAGUUGGCUUAAGAAGUGAAGAAAARGGAGAACUUGGAAUAUUUGUCCAAGAAAUUCAACAAAAUGGAAUUGCWGCACGAGAAGGAGGGCUUCAUGAAGGUGACCAGAUUAUUGCUAUCGAUGGGCAACCAUUGGACACAAAUGUGUCUCACCAGCAAGCUAUUGGAAUACUGCAACAGGCUCGAGGGCUUGUUCAGUUGGUCGUAGCGCGCCCUCUUACACCACCUCCUCUACCAACAUCACAACCUUCCAGUAACAUGUUGAACACAGAAUGGGCUCAAGUUGAAGUAAUUGAGCUGCUCAAUGAUGGAUCUGGAUUAGGAUUUGGUAUUAUAGGUGGUCGUAGCACUGGUGUUGUUGUUAAGACAAUACUUCCAGGAGGAGUGGCUGAUAGAGAUGGGAGAUUACAAAGUGGUGAUCAUAUACUACAAAUAGGCGAAGUAAAUUUAAGAGGUAUGGGGAGUGAACAAGUUGCAGCUGUGCUUCGACAAUCUGGGAGUCAAGUUAGAUUGGUUGUAGCUCGUCCAAUAGAAUCUAGUGCAAUUGAUAUAAUCCAAAAUUUAAGCUGUAGAGCACCAAUUGUACCAACAAAGAUGUUAGGAGAUGCAGAUGAGCUUGAUCGUCAUUUAGUUCAGCAUGGGUAUCCAGAAGUUGCUACAUAUACUCCUGAUUAUUUUUUCCAAAAUAUUACGAAUGAAAACAAUUUGAUAAUCAAUGAUAAUAAUAUACCAGCCUCAUUGCCUGUUCUUACAAUGGAUAUGGUACCACCAGAUAGUAUUACAACUCUCCCAGAAACUGAUUCAUUUAGUGUGCAAUUAAAAAAAGAUACUCAUGGUUUAGGAAUAACUAUAGCAGGGUAUGUUUGUGAAAAAGAGGAAUUAUCUGGUAUAUUUGUGAAAAGCAUCAGUGAAGGUAGUGCAGCUGAUCUAUGCAAAAAAAUUCAGGUGAAUGACCGUAUCGUUGAAGUGGAUGGAACUUCAUUGCAAGGAUUUACUAAUCAUGAGGCAGUUGAAGUUUUAAGAUCUACAGGACAAAUGGUAACAUUACGCUUAGAACGUUACCUACGGGGCCCKAAAUUUGAACAGCUACAAGUAGCCAUAGCAGCAUCGGAGAUGAAGCCCAACACAAAUAGUGCAACUGCGUCACCAUCUAUAAUGUCUUUGCCUAGAUUUCCAAUAACUGAUGGAGAAAGCACUGCAGAAAUUGAAGUAGAAGGUGAAUCAGGAGCAACAGUAGAGGCUGAUAUGCUUGGUGAAGUAGAAGAUGAAAUGGUUGAUGAAACUGAUUCUAUUGAAAAUACUUCUUUUGAUGGAGAGCUUAAGCCAGAAACAUUGAAAAAGAUCAGAAAUAAAUGGACCGAUGUUGUUGGAAAUGAUGUAGAAAUUGUUGUAGGUCAGUUGAAGAAAUUUAGUGAAGGCGGAGGUCUAGGUAUAAGUCUGGAAGGUACUGUAGAUGUAGAAAAUGGUAUGGAAGUGAGGCCACAUCACUACAUACGAUCAGUUUUACCUGAAGGACCUGUGGGGAAAAAUGCAAGUCUUCAAUCUGGUGAUGAGUUGCUUGAAGUAAAUGGGCACCGAUUAUUGGGUAGAAACCAUAUGGAGGUAGUAGCAAUAUUGAAAGAGUUACCUAUUAAUGUCAGAAUGAUCUGUGCUAGACGCACUGAUGAACAACAAUUGCCACACCAUUACCUUACCGACAUUUCAGAAGAUCGGGCUGCCUUUGCAGCUAAAAAUGCAUUGGGCGGUAGUCUUCAAAAUUUAAUGCCUGCUACUGAUCGUUUGGUGAAAGCAAAAUCAGAUGGAUCAUUAGCUAGUACUGGAACAGCAGGGUGUUCAGAAUCUAGUAGAUUACGUUCUAGAUCUCUUGAACCUCUUACUGGAUUAGCUAUGUGGUCUUCACAGCCUCAACUUAUCGAGCUUAUGAAAGGAGAACGCGGCCUUGGAUUUUCAAUUUUAGAUUAUCAAGAUCCCAUGAACCCAAGUGAAACAGUGAUUGUGAUUCGUUCAUUAGUACCUGGUGGAGUAGCUCAAAAUGAUGGUCGCUUAAUACCCGGAGAUCGUUUACUUCGCGUAAAUGAUAUUUGUUUGGAAAACGCAUCAUUAGAUCAAGCUGUGCAAGCUUUGAAGGGUGCUCCCAAAGGAGUAGUCCAUAUUGCUGUUGCCAAGCCACUGCCCAUACCAGAUAGUAGCAGUCAGGAUGAUAGCUCAGAAGAAAAAAAAUUGAGCAUCAAUGAUGAAGAUGAUGAUGAAGAGUGCUAUUCAAUGUACAGUUGCCCUGAAUCACCUAUCAUUUUUGAUGAUGUAAAGAAAACCGAUGAGACUUUUAAACAAAUAUCUUCAAUGGAUGAGACAGAUAAUUUACAAGAUGUGCAAGAGAUCACACUUACUAAAGGCUCGUCACCAUUGGGCAUAUAUCUGCGUAGAAGUUCAUUUAGUGAUCAUAUGGGUUUGGAAAUUGAAAACUUAUAUGGUGCAGCUGAACGAGAUCGCAGGCUAAAAAUUGGCGAUGUAGUAAUUUCUGUUAAUAAUGAAUCAUUGAAGUAUGUGUCACCAGCCCAAGUGAAGUCAAUUUUAUCUAGAGCUAAUCUACUAACAGGCCAUAUACCUGUACGUUUUGUACGUGCAGAGGCGGUAAAGAAUACUCGUGUAAUCCGAAGUAAAACUGUUCCUAAUGUAACUCUACGUACUCCAAGAUCACCUUUUGUUGAGCCACAUGAAACUGAAGAUCGUUUACUUAAUAAGAAGUCUCACUCUAAAGUUUCUAGAUCAAAGUCUAACGACCCAUGUUUACAGUUGGCCAUAUCAACAAAGUCUAAAUCCGAAUGUGUUUUGUGCACAAAAUGUCAUUCAGUUCAACGAACAAAGAGUUGGAAUGAAACUGAACCAAUAAAUGAUGUGAGUUUUGAAAACGUUAUCAAUUAUUAUAAGAUAUUCAAAACUAGCGACAAAUAUGUAUGCGCAAAGUUUACUAGCAGUCAAUUUAUUAAGAAGUUAGAUGAGAAAUUACGUGAAGAAACUGAUAGAUUGUCAGAGUUUACUCAAAGUAUAUCUAUAACAUCAAAUUUAAAUGAAGAUGAAAUCGAACAUCAAUUAAAAGUUAAAACUGAAGAGUUAGAAAGACUCACUGAAGUGGAUGCUUAUACAUCUUUAGACAAAAAUGUAUUGCGUUUGGGAAGUGCUGAAUUYGGAACUUUUGAAGGUCCUCCAACACGUAUUUAUCGGUUUCCAAGUACCGGAAUCGGCUUAGAUAGAAGUGAAGGAAGUGUAUUCACCAUGACUAUAUCUAGACAACAAUCAGCAGCUUCCUUAUUGGCUAAACGUUGGGGUCCUCAACGAGAAGUUACAGUUUGGAGAGAACCAAAUGAGAGUUUAGGAAUUAGUAUUGUUGGAGGAAAGGUUGAUUUUUUCAACAGCACUAAUACAAAUAAUAGCGCAGCUAUAUCAGGUAUAUUUAUAAAAAAUGUACUUCCUCAAAGUCCUGCUGGUCAAGAUGGUCAAUUAAAAACAGGUGAUAGAAUAUUAGAAGUUAAUGGGACUGAUGUUCGACACGCUAAUCAUGAGGAAGCUGUUGCAGUAAUUCGUUCAGCUGGUAACCCAGUGAUUUUCCUUGUACAAUCACUUGUAUGUUGGUCCGAAGAUCAAUAUGAACAGUCAAAAUCAUCUGCUGUUAUUGGAGAUUCGUUUAAAGUAUCACAAGAGCCCAUGAAACCUGUUAAUAGUGUAAAACAUAGGAUUUCAAGUUGGCAACAGAAAAGUGAAGACAAUGCUAAUGAAGAUAAUUUUCGGAUUCGUAAGAAUUCAUUAGCUCAAAUCAAAGCUAUGAGUUCAUUCGACCGUAAAAAAUCCAUCAAAUCUAAUAAAAGUGAAGAUAGUGAAGAAGAUGAUGAUGAUAAUAGAGAUAACGAAGGCCGUAUUAGAAUUCAUUCUGGACAAGAAAUAAUGCGGUCUAGUGCUGGUAAUGUUAAAAGAUCACAAGUAGAAAUUGAUGCUGAUCCAGAAUCAGAGGAUGAAUAUGGUUAUACUUCAAAUAAAGCAAAGAAAAAGUAUGGAUAUCUAUGCGAUGUCGGGGACGGUGGUUCCAUCAGCGAAGUGUUGGUGGUAAUGUUAGAGAGAUCUCCCGGUGCCGGUCUAGGUCUUAGUUUGUCCGGUCAUAAGGAUCGAACAAAAAUGGCGGUCAUGGUUUGCGGAUUAAAUCCCAACGGUCCGGCUGCGAAAUCCGGAUGUUUACGCGUCGGCGACGAAAUUUUAGAGGUUAAUGGAGUAGUUUUACACGGAAGAUGUCACCUAAAUGCCUCAGCYAUAAUCAAAGGUAUACCGGGACCAAUAUACAAAAUAAUUGUGUUAAGGAGACCUACGGCCCUGGACGAAUUAGCCGUGCGACCGAUCACUCAGUUUCCUAUUACACUCGAUGACGAGACGCCAGAGGAGAAGUAUGCCAACUACAAAGGUCUACGGGUCGUUACUAUGAAGAARCCCUGUAUCAGUUUUACAUACGAAGGCCAAAUCACAAAUUCACCCACACAUCAGAGUCCUCAUGGUCUGGGCAUAAUGAUUUUGGAAGGAAAACAUGCGGAACUCGGCACGGGAAUAUUCAUAUCCGAUAUUCAAGAAGGAAGCCCAGCUGAACAGGCGGGUCUCACGGUUGGCGAUCUGAUUUUGGCUGUGAAUAAAGACACACUUCUGGGGAGUACGUACGAUUCGGCGUCAUCGUUGCUGAAGAAGACCGAGGGUGUCGUAACGUUGGUGGUAUGUAACCCUCGCAAAGACGAAAACGUCUCGCCUGCGGACCAGAAAACUGCCGAUAAACCUAAACAACCGGAAAAGCCGAAAUCUCAAUCGCCCGUUUGUGUGGACCAUUCAGUCGAACCGCCACCAGAUCCUGCGACCGCCCCAAUAAAACCAGGUAUCGAAUCGACAAUCGAAAUCAACAAGGACAAAGUCGGCUUGGGUCUCAGCAUAGUAGGCGGAUCUGAUACAUUACUGGUGACCAUGGUCGUGCUGAGGGACGAGUCGUGYGUUCCAGACGAAAAUAGCGGCGUUUCCGCUGACACGACGAAUAUCACGGACUCGUUCGAUGUGGAAUUGACAAAAAAACCCAGCAAAGGUCUAGGGUUGAGCAUAGUGGGCCGGAAAUCCGGUUCGGGAAUAUUUAUAUCGGACAUCGUGGCCGGCGGUGCGGCCGGCGUUGAUGGCCGUCUGAUGAAAGGCGAUCAGAUCUUGGCGGUCAACGGCCAAGACUUGCGGAACGCUUCCCAAGAAGAAGCUGCCGCCGUGCUGAAGACUGCGACGGGCAGAGUCACUUUGAAAAUGGGUCGUCUCAAAGCUCGCUCGUCCGCGUCUAGUUCGGACAACGACUCGGCGGCGUCAAUGGAAGAUACGCGCACCGUGACGAUGGUACGUAGGAUGGACGGGUUCGGGUUCAGCGUCGUCGGCGGUCACGGCCACCUGCCGAUUUACGUCAAGACGGUGUUCAGCGGCAGCGCGGCCGACUCGAGCGGGCUGUGCCGCGGCGACAGGAUCUUAGCCGUCGGUGGCGUACCGGUGGACGGCAUGGGACACGAUCAGGUGGUCGCCAUGCUCAACGAAGCGGUCACGUCCGUCACGCUCACCCUACAGUCGUCGUAGCCUUCCGCGGAGGAUUAGUGCGCUUCGAGUACCUCACCUGCUUAGUAUUAUAAAUAUUAUAACUAUAAUAAAUUGUAAGUGACACCACCGCCGCACUGUUUGUAAACUCGGRGAGAUCCAUUUAACGUAAGACACUCGGAAAAUUAUUUCUCCAUAUGAGUACCAUCACUCUAUGCUCCUGUUCAACUAUACUUUAAAUACUUAUCUAUUAUAAGCUAAUCGUCCAAAAUUCAAUUUUUAUAAUAUAUCGAAAAAAAUUUUUAAAAAACAAUAGUUUUAGAUAUAAUGAGUGUCUAACGUUAAAUGGAUCACACGACGGUAUAAUAUAGGUAAUGAUAUAAUCUUUCUCUCGUAGGCUCACGUCUUUGCGUUACAAUACCCUUCCACACCAUCUUUCAAUCCCUCGACAAUGAUAUAAAGAUAUAAAAUGGAAUGCGUGUACCCGCGGGUUGUAUAUAGGUAUAUUACCUUURAUAUCAUAAUAUUGAAGUCUAGGUAUGUAUAUAGAUGAGAUGAUUCAAAAAUGGUAUUACAUAAUAUUAUUAGUAUUACAAUCCGGGUUUCUGWUUCGAUCUGGACAGUAGUCUAUUAUAUAUAUUCGAACACACACACUAACUUUUGAUAUCUUUCUCGAGACGGGAUCGCCAAAAUUUAACCGUAAAAUGACAAAAUAUAUAUUUAUAUAGUAUCUCCGACGAUUGUAGUUCGAUCAUAUCGUAUUCUCAUUUCUCAAUAAUAAUAUUAAUAUUUACACCAUCGCAUAUUAUUGCUGUAGAAAUUUAAAUCCAAAACAUUACCAGUCUGUCGUUUAAAUCUCCAAACAGAUUUUUCGGAUUUUUUUCGUUCGUAUAUAUUAUAUUCCCAGUCCUGUGGUCGCGGCGCGUAUAAUUCGGAUUGAACGAUGAUGUUCAGUAUUUAUUUAAAUUCGGAUCAGCUGGCUGCUAGUAAAUGGUAUGAUCCGCACUAGACAUGUUUCAAACACCGUCACCCGCAGUUAUGGCUUACUGCAUUGCUUUAAUUGUGCAGCGGGAGGGGGGGGGGUCACCGAGCUGAGUUGUUUUUCGACGUGCGCGUUUCUUCCCGUCACGUUCUGUAAAUAUAUAUAUAUACUGAUACGUACUCGGUAUAAUAUUACAUAAAUAUAUAAUAGUAAUAUAUAACCUGACCCUCCCCCCCUCCCCCAAAGCAAACGGUUCAAUUAAAUUGUUUUUCUGUAAUUCACAUUUACCCCUUUACAUACAAAAUGUGUGUGCAUAGGUCUCACGCCCUUACCUAUUAUAUGCGCUGUAGCAGAAAGAACUGAUAAUGUAAACUGAUAUUGUUAGUGUUGAUAACGUCGACUGUCGGUUAUAUCUGUUACACUCGCACGUGG